AAAAACACAGUUAUGAUGCUGGAAAGCACUUUAGAUGGAAACAUCAAAAGGCACAUAUACAGCACAGUCUCCAGCACACAGUCGUUUCUCUCCAGGCCCAAAACUGCUUUUUCAACGUGUCUCUUUCUCUCUGUGUGUGUCUGUGUGUUUAGUGUCCAAACGCUGGAAGGCUGUGACAUCCUCCUGGGCCCAGAGGUGACGUACGGUCCACCGGGCCUGGACCUCUUCUGCCCAGUGGCCAUGACCAUCGCACACUGCGCCGAGGUGGACGCCGAGAACUGGAACAUCCAGCUCAAGAGAAAAACCCAGGACAGCAAAUGGGAGGAAGUGAUGACGGUGGAGGAGGAGUCCACUUCCUGUUACUGCCUGAUGGACUCGACAAACUGCCACUUGCUGCUAGACCAGCCGGGCUCGUACGCCCUGGUGGGCGAGCCCCUGACGCAGGCUGCCGUCAAGAGGCUGAAGCUGGCUGUGUUUGGGAGCAUGGAGGCCGGCUCCGUGAGCUACAUCCUGCGGGUGUACUGUGUGGACGACACGCCACACGCCUUUCAGGGAGUGGUGGCUGCAGAGAAGACCAGAGGGGGUCAGCUCCUCGAGGAGCCAAAGUUGUUGCCUUUCCGAGCGAACACCUUCAGCCUCCAGGUGUCCAUCCAGGAUGUUCCCCAGUUCCUGUGGAGCAUCAAACCCUUUACCACAUGUCAGGUAACCAUGGCAGUCACUGACAAGGACACUAAAGUGCUAAUUUGCAAGAUCCUGUUUAUUUUCUGCUAAGAGCUACUUGCUGUGAUGUUUCCGCUCUGCUCCUCUCAGGGUUUAUUUGCUAAACUGUGUGGGGCUGUGAUAUGUUUGUGUUUGUUAGCUACAGAUUAUCCAGUUGGCCAUAUUUACUUUGUGUAUUAUGGGGUGUAUUUUACAGUGACUAAUGGGUUGUAUUGUAUUUAAGACAACUUUCCAAGACAACAUUAUAACAGUGAACAGCCAAACAGCCAAGUGACCAUGCCAAACAAUAAACUAUUCUGAUAACAAAUAACAGCCAUUAUAAUGAUAAUCCAGACAUCAUUGAUACAGCUGUGCAUUCACUGAAUAACUCAGAUCUCAUUUUCAAACUCAUUGUUGUGAGUCAUUCAUAUCAAUUCAUAUCAUCAACUCACCAUCUUUGUGUUACUGAUCAGAAGAGCUCAGAAUGUCCAAUAUGAAAAACAAAAUGAUACUAAUUCUCUUAAGAUGACA